CUCCCGCCCUUUUCACUAUCGUCUCAAAAUUCCAGCAAAUUAGUAAAUUACCUCCAUUUUUCAAACCUCAACAUUACUCCUCUCCCCAAAUCCAUAAUCGAAAUGAAAAGUAACUUGGAUCAACUCACUGAGUCACUAAAACUCUCAGCCACCGAGUCUCAAAAGGCCUGGCAUGUUUUUUCUCUUAUAAUCUUCAUCGGCAAGCCCGCCCCUAUCUCGGACCUCGCUUCCCAAUGCACACUGUUUCCGGCUAGCCCCGAUAUCAUAUUCUCGCUCUGUUCCAUCCCGAAUUCUCCCAUCACUCUCUCAGACGACAAGCAUCGCGUCGCUAUCUCUUCAAUUGGCCUUUCUUUUUUCGCCGCUUAUAUAGCUCGAAAUUUCACUGUCGCCGAUGCUUUCACUUCGCUGCCGGUUCCGUUCCGCAAUUUCCCGAAGAUAUGGCUUUGCAAGAGGGAUCGAUAUGCUUCUGAUUUUUCUGAGGAUGAGAACGAAAGGGAGUUGAUUCCUUCGUUGAAGAGAAUUCGAAAUUAUUGUACGAAGGUGCAGUACCAUUUAACUGAUGAUAUGAGCAGAAUGAGUAGUGCUAGAGAAGAGGGCAUUGAAAAUGUAGAAAGCAAGGUAAAUGUGGAAGACUAUAUGUUGGGAAAUGUCAGCAAAGAAUUGGUUGGUAGUAAACCUGAAGUAGAAACCAAAGCUGUUAUCCUCAAUGGUAUAAACUUUCCCGAGUGUGCUGAGACGAGCAAUAUAGGAGUGGCGUUGGGUGGAAAAUUUUAUGUGGAUUUUACCAAAAGAAGUUUUAGAACAGUAGACAAUGAAGUGGAUGUGGAGGACAAUAAGAAAGAGGAGAAACUUGAUUUAGUAAGAAGACAAGGAGUGAAAGAUCUGUCUCCUCCAUUUAACAUUAGUCUUUCUGAUAAACUACCUGAACGGGAUUUGAAAAGCCUUGAUGAGGGUAACUUCAAUCAUAAGAUGCCAUCUCCAGGUGAAGAACUCGAAAUCGUACCAGCAGCAUCUAGUGUUAUGCCUCCAGUAUUGCAAACCCCCAACAAGUCUUUAGGGGAUACCAAUGUUGUCAGUACUUACAAAAGAAAGAGGUAUCGUGUAAAAGAUAAUUUGUCAGCUCGCACUGCGCAGAAAUCAACUCAGAACCAUAAGGAUAUAUAUGUUAAUGAAAGAAGGGCAAACUCUACCUCUAUUUCUCUUCAGGACCAGGCAAAGCCGAAAGUAUUACCUGACUUUGAAUCUUAUAAUGUAGAAGAGGAAGAAGGUUCAGGUGGUUAUGGCACUGUGUACAGGGCUCGAAGGAAGAAUGACGGGGCUUUAGUUGCCAUUAAAUGUCCUCAUGCCAAUGCUCAUAAGAACUACGUUAACAAUGAGCAGAAAAUGCUGGAGCGUUUUGGGGGAAAGAACUUUAUAAUUCGAUAUGAAGGAUGCAUUAAGAGUGAGAAUUCUGAUUGCUUUGUUCUGCAGUAUGUUGAGCAUGAUAGGCCUGAGGUGUUGAAAAGAGAAAUAGAUGUUUUUCAGUUAAAGUGGUAUGCUUUUUGCUUGUUCAAAGCUCUUGCAAAUCUUCAUAAGCAGGGAAUAGUUCAUAGAGAUGUUAAACCAGGAAACUUUCUUUUCUCUCGUAAGACCAACAAAGGUUAUCUUAUUGAUUUCAAUCUUGCCAUGGAAAUGCAUCAAAAGUACAGGAGUAUGGACAAAUCCAAGUCGGGAUAUGAUGUAACGUUUCAUCAUAAUAUCGUUCCUGCCAAAGCCAUUCAUCUGACAAAUAGCAGCAAGUUUUUAAAUAUCAAAUCAAGAGAGGGAAUCAAUAUAGAGGCAACCAAAGGCUCCAUGUUAACUUUAGAGACUAAGAACAUGAGGAAGACAACAAUUCAAAGGAAGGCUCCUCAUAAUGACUUGAGUAGUUGGAAUAAAAUAAAUAGUCAGGGUGUAGAUGGUUCAGGCAUUACCUCAACAAAGGAUUUAAGUGCAAGGACUCCCUCAGCAGAAAGGCUCAGAGAGCCUUUGCCAUGCCAAGGCAGGAAAGAGCUCAUCAGUCUGGCACAGGAAGCAAUACAGAGUCCAAAACCUGGAGUGUCACAUGUUUCUGCUCACAUGAGAAAGCGAGUUGCUGCUUCUCCAGGAAAAUGGGAUAGACAGGUUCUUCAUCCUACUCCAAUGCCUUUGAGCUCAACUAGCUUAGCUUUAUCGGGGGUUGACUUUCAUAAGACAAAAGGUCCUUGUGCUGGAACAAAAGGCUUCCGAGCUCCAGAGGUCUUAUUCAGAUCUCAACAUCAAGGUCCAAAAAUUGAUAUUUGGUCUGCUGGGGUCACUCUACUCUACCUAAUGAUAGGGAAAUCACCCUUUAUUAGUGAUCCCGAACAGAAUAUAAAUGAUAUUGCAAAGCUGAGAGGCAGUGAAGACCUUUGGGAAGUUGCCAAGUUACAUAAUCGUGAAUCCUCAUUUCCUGAGGAGCUCUAUGGUAAGCAGUCUUUAACAUCUAUGAACCUACGGCAGUGGUGCCGAAUUAAUACGAAGAGACGAGACUUCCUUACAGAGAUACCGAGCUCGCUUUACGAUCUUGUGGACAAGUGCUUAACAGUGAACCCAAGAUUAAGGAUUACAGCAGAGGAUGCUCUUAAGCAUGAAUUUUUGGCUUCAAUACAUGAAAAUCUGGAAAAGCAAAGGACACUAACUCUGUAACUCCAUUUUUGAAGGUUUGAAAUCUUUUCUGCACUUCUUAAAUGCUCUAAAUGCAUGGACUUUCCUCUUACAUGUUCAAGUUGUAUAAAAAAAUGCUCCUAAUCUAAUAGCUAAAUGUAAGAUUUAUUAUUACCA